AUGUCUAACCCCACCGCCAAGAUUAACCAGACCCUUAAUCCAUCCCCCAAUCCAAUAACUACCGAUGAUACUUCCCCCAACCCAUCAUCCAAGGCACCAGCAGCCCAAAGCGCACAAGCUCCAAUAAAAACCAACCCCCCUAGAGCGGCAAAGAACUCAGCUCCGAAGACGAUGUCUUGA